AAAACUCCUCUUCCAGAUGAACAUGUCAAAGUUGAAUCGGUCAUUCUUUAUCUUCAACUUGAUUGAAUCGGUCAACACUAAAUAUACUUUUUAUUGCGUCCGCUCUCUCAGUUCUGUCACAAUCAUACCCAAGAAACCAUUCACCACUCACUGCCUUCUCCAUCGCCUCCAUUGUCUGUUGAUGCCGGAAAAUAAGCUUCUUCAGAGAAAAAAAGUUACAAACAAACCACCGAUCUAUUAAGGAACAUAUGUAGCAAGGAAUAAAAGAUUAUGUGGCUUGGGAUUUGCAAUGAAUAGUUGGCAAAGUAUGAAGACCAAUUGGAGCUAAAAUUUGCAAAGCACAACUUGAAGAAUUGAAGAAAGAGGCUCAUAAAGAAAUGAUACACAGAAGAAAAGUAGUUCAAGAAUGAGGAAAUGAUGGAUUUGAAGUCUAUGGAUAGCCGUCACUUCAUCUAUUUUGUGCUUUCUUGGAAUACACAAAGUGGAUGAUACAUGUGAAUCCUUCAUCUCAUGGUGGUUCGCAAUCUAGCAGAAACCUUUUUUUUAGGUGAAAAACAAUAUAAUGGACCGGCCCUGCCAAAUUAGUGUAUUAAAGGAGCAAUGGUGUGAAAAUGCACAUAGGUUGAAGUUGUGAUAAUAAGAUAUUACAUUUAUCGUUUGCCUCUCCUUGAACUCGCUUAAGAAUCUUAAGUAAACAUGGAGGCAAACGUAAGAAGGUAUAAACAAGAGCUAUAAUUUAGCAUCAUGUGUUUAUUUUGAUUGUUUUUAGUGUGCAGCUGCUUCUGUGUUCAUUAGCUGUAAAUUAAUGGCUGGUAUUUGUUUUGUGAGGUAGGGAUAUUUAUAAAGGUGAUGAUAUGUAUAUUUUCCACCAUCUUUUGUUUGUUUAUUUUGAAUAUAUAAUCCAUAUAUCAUUGUUUACUUAAUUAUGCAUGAAGUCAUGUAGAUAGUAUAUACGGUGGGACAUUUCCACGUGAAGUUACCAUGUCAUUGUGAUUGAUAUUUCUUUGAUUUUUGAUGUUCUAUUACUAGGUAAUUAAGGUUUUCAAUUAAUUUUUUAAAAAUUGUAUGUAAAAAACCUUUACGGAUGGAAUCAAAUUACCAAGUUGCCCUUAAAAAAGAAGAUAAACGUGUUUGUAAUUUUGAACCUAAAACAACCCUUAGUGCUUCAAGAUAUAAUUAAACUGUUUAAUUUACUAUUUGAUUGCUCAGUUUUUAUAAUUUUUCUUUUGAAUUUUCAUGAAGAUUAUGGAAUGGAAGAUAGACCAUUUGGUGGGGCUUUUGAUGGGUUGGAAGAAGUUGAUUUGUUUGUUUUAUGAUUAUUAGAAUUUACCUUUUCUCCCUAUUCGUUCCUACUUUAAUUUCUUUUUAUGACAUUACACUGUGUUAUAGAGAUGUCAUUCUUCUUUCCAGAUUUUUUUAGUGUUCUUUUUGUUUGAUGCCGACUCAAUUGAAACCGGAG